UGGCAAGGGAACGUCAGUCACUCUUCGGCGCUCGCGCGGAAGAGUCUGUACGCAUUAAGCGCUGGGGAAAUCGUUGCUCCUUGCGGAGUGUUAAAUAUCUCGUAUAUGUUUCUUCGUUGUUCAUCCCCAGCGACGUGUACCUAGCCCGUGAUCGUUGUGACCGACGCGAUCGAGUACAGUGACACGAGUACGCCACGUCCGCAAGUGUCGCGGGAAAAAAGCCGGUAGGUGACGGCUGAGCCGCGUGUGUUCCUCGCCAGAGAGUAUAUAUAUAUAUAUAUAUAUAUAUGAGUUACCGGAGCAAGACGAACGGAACGAGGGGAAUGCCAGUGGAGAUAGAACGUCAACAUUGCGAGGUUCCCCGUUCUCACGUUCCACGUAUGAUGGAUGCUGUCGCGCGUGUCUCGUGUACGCGACGCUAUCGAGAACAGACAGAGCGUCGAUUCGCACAAGCAACAGCAUUGCAGUGAGUUGUUACACUGGCUGCAGAAGUCGUGCAGUGCGUCGCGUGCCGCUUUCUUUUCAACGAUUGUACCAACGCCGCGCCGUGGUGGCAGCAACAGUAAAACGCCGGUAGUGCGAUCAGAUAUUCCUCUCGCAGAAUAUACGAGUCACCAGGGUUUUGUUGGUGUUUGUGCGGGCGCGGAAAAAGGAAGCGGUUAACCGGUCUUUCUCUCGUCCCGAUCGACCAGAGAGUGGUCGAUCUUGUGAACCUCUUUUCUCUUACUCCGUAUCGGUCUCUGUUGGUCAUCCUGCUACGGUGACGUCGUAACCAUCGGUGCUUCUUCGAUGAUAAGCACGUGUGCGUGCCACUACCUGCUGCGUGUACGUGCGUGCGUUAACGUCGCGAGCUGCGUAUCGGCGUGCAGUUAGUGACCGGGGCUGCGUUACCAUCUAAGUCCUCCGUAUACCAGUACAUCGAGGCAAAGUUUUGUUGUUUAUUUACAUCGUCCUGUUGGUUUUAAUUUGGCUCGAACGAGUCCAAGUUUCAUUUAUCUGUGUCGAAGUCAGUUACGAACGGAUCACCGGCGUAACCAUGGAUAUCCUGCCGAGUGGGAACAUAUUUAGGGAGUUGCAAGACAUACACGACACCGGAUACUUUUCGGCCCAGCCGUCGCUCGAGGAUCAUUGGCAACAGACAUGCUACGAGAUGGAGAGGUACCUGAAGGACGAGCCGAAGCUGCAGUCGUACAAAAAGUUGCCCACAGAGUUAGACACAGCGCCGUGGAACCUCUUCAGGGCGCCGCCUAUCUCGUGGACAGCAACAACCGGCACCGCCAACGCACAAUUCGAAUCGCCAAUCAAAAUGGAGGUGACGACGUCGUCGGAAGACAGGGAAACGCUCUGUCUGGACGAUAUAAAGUUCAGUCCCGGCGAUCACAACCACAACGGCCGCGAUAGGGAUCUCCUGGACCGGCACCUCGAUUCCCUGUCGAUGUCGUCAUCGAGUUCGGCGUGUUCGGCGCUGUCCUGGGACAGUUCGCCCUCCGUCUCGUGCACGGCGUUCAUUCUCAAGAAAGAGCCCAGCGAGGACCUCGAAGAGGACGAGGAGCACGAGGAAAUCGAGGAGGAGGAGGACAGCGGCUGCGAAAGCGAAGGUCAAAUCCUGACACCACCGUCGAGCCCGGGCUCGGGUCAAGGUCAUUCCAACUCCAGUCACUCGUCGAGCGGGAGUUCGAUGCUCGACGUGCAGAACCUCAACCUUCAUGGGACGGGCGGUAGGAGCGCCAUCGUCAGGGUUACUGCCAGCAACGCGCAAGGUGUCGCAAGACUGAUCUCCGUCACAGCGAACGGCUACCCCGCGGUCGCAGGCACGCAACACGCACACGCAGGGACAACUGCAGCUGCGAACACCGUGGCCAACAGGCACCACGCGAGGAGCCACGAGCACAGUCCGCCUGACACGAAGCGCAGGAUACACAAAUGCCAGUUCCCGGGUUGCAAGAAGGUGUACACGAAGAGCUCGCACCUGAAAGCCCAUCAGAGGACGCACACAGGAGAGAAGCCGUACAAGUGCAGCUGGGAGGGUUGCGAGUGGCGAUUCGCGCGUUCCGACGAGCUGACGCGCCACUACCGCAAGCACACCGGCGCGAAGCCGUUCAAGUGCAGGCACUGCGACCGAUGCUUCUCUCGCAGCGAUCACCUAGCCCUCCACAUGAAGAGACACGUGUAAUCGAUCGUCACCGCGAACGGUCCACAACACGCGGAACAGUCCAGGACCGGCAGACGGAGCUCCUUCCUUCCCGAGGAUCCCCCAAGUCGUCAAGCGACACGGCCUCCUCGUGAUCGCGUUUCUUCCACAAACACCUGACGACGAUCCUGACACGUAUGUGCAGUAUGUGCUCGAUCGUCGGCGAUCGACCGCGACCCACGGCCCUCGAUUUCGCCACGGUUUUCGUCGUGUGCGGUAACGCAAGAUCGCAAGAGACUCCGCGGGAGUACUUUAAUAGCCACUGGAAGUGGGCAAUCGAUGAUGAGCGAGACGAUCGGUGAAGAACGGCCACUUAACGACGGCGAUCGUUCUGCGGAUGGAGGGCAAACGUCGAUCGACGAACGACGAACGAUUUUACAACCGCGUCGUCGAGACGACGAGACGAAGAUACUUGACGGAUCGACGACUGCGAUUGGAAAUUGCAGUCGGGGGAGGGAAAAAACGUGAACGUUCCCCUCCCUCGGUUGUUCGAGGCAGUUCGUUCGAAAGGCGAGGAGCAGGAGAUAAGGAGAGAAGCUCCGAUGGUAUUUUCUACGCGAGACACGCUGGCACUAGAGACAGAUGAGCAGACAACGAUCAGACGCGAACGACUGCGUUCGUCGUUGAUGCGAUUAGACGAAGCCUACGGGGGACGAACAGUCGGGUGACAACGAGCGACGAGUCUCGUCUCGAGAUGUUAAUCACUGCCAAUUCAUUAAAUUCUAAGAUCAGCGCGAAUACCGUCGGAGUUGUCGAGUUGCCUACGCGUACGGCCGCCUCAGCAUCGGCGUGGAGGACGUGCAUGAAUUGGAAAGAUCGCCCGGCGACAACGUUGCACAUUCCACUCGCGCGUGAAUUCCUGCAUGAUCGUCUGCCUUCCGUAAAACGGUCGAAUUUCACAAAACCGAAACACGCGACUGACGCAGGAGAGAGAGAGAGAGAGAAAGAGGCGAAUGAUUCAGCAACAAAAAGAAACACGUAACGAAGAGAGUAACAGUAAGAGAAACCCGAUGAAACUAUGUAACAGACACAGUUGGCGAGACACACCGAUCCGACUCGAUCAGUUUCAAAGGCGUCGCGUUUGGAUUCGAACGAAAGUCAAGGAAACCCGAUUCGCGAGGACAAUAAUAACGCUGUCUGUCGGUGCCAAAACGUUAUUUCCUUCACUCCUUCAUUUCCCCCCUCUCUUCUUCUUUCUUACACGUGUACACGUGAGAACAUAUUGCACAUCGCACGUAUACACGCGCACUGUCCUUCUCUGUCUCCGUAACCCGAUGAAUGGGCGGCUCGUGGGUGGGAAAACGUGCACGACGCUUUUGAGCUUGGAUCCUUCGACGGGUGGCAAUAAUCGAAAUUGUAUUCGCGACCCGGUGGAACGCGGAACCGUGUCACACGAGGGUCUGUUGUAAGGGGGCGGCGGACGAGGCCACGGUGAGAGAGGACGAGCCGUAAUUGAAUACGUGAUUUCGGCCAGUUUCGACGGAGGCAAAGUUUACCCGUGCCGCGCGCUAAUCCCGAAUUUACAGUGCGAAUUAUAUCGCGAGGCACCACUUCCAACUCGACUAACUCGAUCCGCCGUCCCUCCACCCUCUUGCCGUUCGCCUCGUUUUCACCGGGGAAACUCGUGCGAACGAUACCACACAUACACGUACGUACGACGGACGAGUACGGAAAGAAAAGUGAAAAAGGAAAAAGGAAAACACUGUAGAUUCGACCGUUUUACGACCAUCGAGAACAUUCACGGGUGAUUUUUAAGGAAGAAAGAGCAUAACGCCGUACGACUCUUGAACCUCGGACCGAUGCCGAGGAUACUUUUUUCCUUAAAAAAGAAUUCGGACCGAACGGAGCUUCUUUCGUAGUGGCGCGCGUCCUAUGGUUUUUAACGAAAAUAAGUGGACAAAGAGAAAAAAAAAAAAAAAGGAAUAAAAAGAUAUAUACGGAAUCUGACUUUGUACUUUUGUACGAUUGCUUUCUAGGUGACGUUUUCUUGUUUCUUUUCACGCGUAUAUACCGCGCGACGCACGGGCAGGGGUGGCGACGCGUCCCCGGCGCGGCGGGCAAGAUUCUUGUCGGAGGCUCAACAGAAAUAAAUGAAUAUAUAUAUAUUUUUUAAUAUUCUCGUCUUACUCACCGAAACAAUAUAUUGUUAUACAUAAGGGAUUAUACAAAGUAUAAACGGGCAACAUUCCGCACAAAGCUCUAGAACCGUUUCCACGCGUCAGACUGGCCCGCCGAGCACGCCAUCCCCUCUCGUACGCGCUGAAAACCCCGGGGAGGCAGACGACGUGGCAGACUCGCAAUUCACCUCGACCAUGCGUGUGUCUCGGGAACCCGGGCUACGAACUUCCGUUCCGAUGUGCACCGUUGUCUCGCUGAUCAUCGAUUUCCGUGCGGACGUGCGAAAACGAGAAUCGCGCAGGGGAACGACGCAGUGGAGGGGUAAAUAAAUGGGAACGCGAAAAGAAGAAACGAGAAACAAAAUGGGAAAGAGAAACUAGACGGGCGUAACGAAAAAUGAAUGAAUGAAAAAAGAGAAAGAAAUGGAAAAAAAAAAAAAAACGUCAGCGACGAAACGGGAUAACGCAACUUGGUUAAACCCGAAAUUCAAGUCGUGAGUUGUAUCCAUGGACUGAACGAACGAAAGGAUCGUAGAUCGCUCAUCAAACGGAUGGUGAACAAAAUAGAGUAGUAAAAGCGAUUAAAAAAAAAAAAAGAAAAAUUAAAAAAGAAAAUAGGAUAAUAAUGUAAAACGGUUAAAUACGAAAUAUGGAAUGAGAGAGAGAGCGAGAGAGAGAGAGAGAGAGAGAGAGAGAGAGAAGCAGAACGUGGGGGGAGAGGUGUUUACCGCUUAAGAAGACUAAUCUUACCUGAGAGCGCGAAACGGCGCAAAGAGCGGCCGAGCUGGCGGGCGAAAUGAGGAUUUAGAGGGAAAGAAUAAUUAAAAAGAAAAAGAAAAAAAAACAGAAACUAAAUUUUAAAUGUUCAGUGGCCAAAUAAAUUUACUGAUAACGCACGUAGAACGUAACGAUACCGUACCUACCAAGUAAGCCUGACUGACAUUAAGAGAGCAUCGACGCGAUUUGCGCGCGUGUGGCUGGUGUAUGUACGUUUGCGCGUUAUUCGAUGUCUGUGACACCUGUGUAUUACUUCUUUUCUCUAUGAUGUUUUUCUUUUUCCUUAUUCCCUUGCGUCAAUUUGCGUGAGUGCGUCGAGGAGGUGCGUGCGCUUGAGUGACCAUAUUUCUUUUUCCCCGCGAGAAUGUGUUCCAAAAUCGAUUUCGUGGCUUUUACAAGGGAAUGGGACGGGGGAUGGAUGUUUUCAAAGAAAACAUACACAUGUAGGGAAGGGAUGAGAGAGAGAGAAAUGAAGAAAAAGUAGCGAGAGAAAGAAAGAAAGAGUGUAUGUGUGCAUGUGUGUGAUAGGUCGUGUGUGCGAGAGAGAGAGAGAGAGAGAGAGAGAGAGAGAGAGAGAGAGAGAGAGAGAGAGAGAGAAAGACACAGACGGAUCCAACACAGGCAGAAAGCAUAAAGAAAUAAAAGUAAAGAGAAAACGAGAUAGAGUGUGCAUGUGAGGGAGAGAGAGAGAGAGAGAGAGAGAGAGAGAGAGAGAGAGAGAGAACCGAACACUAAGUUUGUAUAUUGUGCAAUUUUUGUCAGUGUUUCAUUAUUUGUUACCAUGUUCACGGAUAAUUAUAAAUAAAGUAAAUAUAUAUAUAUAUAUAUAUGCAGCAUUUACAAGGACUUAGGAUAAAAAAAAAAAACGAAGAUAAACGAGAAGAAGCCAGAUGUCUUUUUGAUAGCCAUAUAUUACGAAGUAUCGCGCGGCGCCCCGACACAGAGGACGUCCCGACCGUUCUUUUUUCUCGAUACACAGUUUUUCUUUAUUUCUUUGUCUCCGGUAAGACGAGAGAGAGAGAGAGAGUGAAAGAAAGAGAGAGAGAGUGAAAGAGAGAGAGUGAGAGAGAGAGAGAGAGUGGCGAGAACGAGGAAUACGAAAAAACGGUGCUCGUCGCUCGGUCACGACGUUCCUCUCGUUACAGGCGUUAGACGGACCCGUCGAAUCCGUUCGGAUCGUUCGCAACCCCCGGCGACCAAACGAGCAGCUCCACGAGAUCGGAAAAUCUCGAAGCGACUCUUGCAAUCUUCUCUCUUCGGUAGGCUUCUUCGCUUCUACGCGCCAAUCGCGAAGAGCAGAGGAAAAAAAAAGAAAGAAAAGAAACUGGGGCAGGGAACAGAAUCGAUCGAGUCACAACGAUCGGCCCUCGCGAUCGCGACCAGCGUUUUCGCGCGUUUCCAUCCCGGCGACCAACGAAACACUGUAGAUAUAAAAUACACGUACAUUAACGUUAUAUGCGUAACGAACGAUCGCACUGCUAACGAGAAGGUCCGCGUUCGUUUAAAACUCGAACGACCCGUGUGACAAGCGUGUGCAAUGGGGUGAAAAGGGAGUCGGGACAUGGAAAACUAGAAAACGGAGACGGGGACGACGCCAGGUGUAAUUAAAGGAGAGAAGCGACACAAACGUGAAAAAGCGGACACCUUAAACGGACACUAAUAAAUGGUAGUUAGAAGUUUAGAUAGAUAGAUGGAUAGCUAGAUCGUUAGAUAGACAUCUUAGAUAGGCAGAUAAAUAGAUCGACAAAGAGAGGAAAGUCGGAACGAGAGAGAGAGACGGGGGGGGGGGGGACGAAAGAUCGGGGUGAACUGGGGACGGGCGGGAGGGAAGGGGGGGAUUUAAAAGAGUUAUUAUAUAUAAAUGAAUAAAAAAAAAUCUAUAAAUAUAGAUAGGUGGAUAUACAUAGAUAGAGAUGUAAGUACCUAAGAGAAACUCUAAGGAUUUUAGAAGAUGCUGUAUCGUUGUACGAGGUACGAUAAGUGGACAUAAGUGUUUUAUGAUACUCGCGUACAGUAUGACCGAGGUGAAUAGUAGGCAGUAUAUAGUGUGUAAUACGUAAGAAGAUGGUGAAACGGUGAAAAGAAGGAAAAGGAGAAUACGUACGAAUACCGAGUGGUUCGCAAAAGAGAACGAGAAUUAAGAAAGAAAGGGAAGGAGAGGGAAACGCAGACACCAUUCGUAAUUGUAUUAGCUGUGUGGUCUAAGAUAUUUUCAGUCAUGUUGUAUAGUAAACUCUGUAAAUUGCAGGACUUUGAAGUGAAAACGAGGAAAACUGUGAGUGACAGAGAGCCAGCGUGAAUAGAUGAGUGUCGGGGCUGAAGGCGAUCGAACGAGGAGAGGAAAGAGAAACAGACGCGAUCCUAUGAUGUAAGAAAUGAAAGAAAGAGCGACGUAAAUAGAUAAGAUCUAGGGAUAAGGGCUAAGGGAUAAAAUUUUGGAAAGAAAACAGGCGAGGACAGAGAAUGAAAACGAAGGCUCUUCGUUUAAGUUUGAUCCGACGCGUUCGAUUUUUACCGAUCGCGGGGACGAACAGGUGUCGCAGAAAAAGAAGAAAGCGAAAGGACGGGAAGAACGUGCUGAAAAAUAUGGGGCAUCUAGGCAAUUCGAUGCAUUAAGAAACGAACUGAUUAAACAACUAACGUUAUUUUUAGGAAAUUACACCUUUAGGAGAGAUUUCAGUAAAUAGCGACGGGGAAGGUGGUUAGGUUAAGUGCUAAGGGUACUUUGGUUAGCUUUUCUGUGUGAGUAUACGAGCGAAAGAGAGGGAGUGAGAGAGAGAGAGAGAGAGAGAGAGAAGAAGGGAAAACUUGAGAGGCAAAAAUUGAAAGAAAAGGAGAAGAGAGAGUGUUGAAAAGAGACAGAUGAAAUCGAAGUAAGCAGAGAAACGAGCGAAGAGGUGGAAGAGAGAUACCUAUAUUUUUAAAAAAGUGACCUUUGGCAUUUAAAGACUUGUAAAAAUCGUGCAACGAGUUAAAUAAAACAAAGAACAAUAUCAAAGAAAACAAAGAAAAAGUAUCACAGAGGGCGCACAGCGUAUUAAGGAGCGUCCGUCCUUCUCCGUGUCUCUAAUUUCAUCUUUUACGAAUAUGCACGUACACAUAGAAAAAAAAAAAAAAAAUAAAAAAUAAAAAAUAAAAAGAAUCACACACAUAUAUACGAAUUAACGCGAACGUAAUAAGCAUAUACCUGCGAGGAGAAUAUGCUCCUGAGAAGCAGCCAAAGUCCAACGCGAACGGGGCGAUCGGAUAAGUGAUUAUUAUACCGCCAACGAAGUAAAGAACAAGACGCGGUACGCGACGCGCUCUUAACAGCGACACGAGUCCGGUGCACGCCGAUCAAGUCCGAAAGACAACAACGUAAGAUUACGUCAAUUUACACAUGCACAUACCGGACAACACGAACACACACGCUCAAGGAAAUAUUGAAAAAAAAAAGGAAAUAACAGCAUUCUGCCGUCUGCUAACACGCAACCCACGAAUCACACGUUACGUACGUGGUACGCGCGUCUUGAUUUCGACGUGAUUCAAGAGCGGGAGAAGGCAAGAAGGGUAAUGAGAGAUGAAAUCAGAGAUUACACGCCAGCCAAGGAAUCUCGACGAGGAGAGGAAAAGCGAGAGCAGAGAGAUUCGAUUGCAACACGCACAGGGUGUAUGAUAGAGCGAGGAUGGAAGGGGCGUAGGAUGAAGAGGGGCAAACACAAUGCAUUCCGUAAGAAAUUCGCUUUUCACGAGGUAUCGUACGGAACAGCCGGACCGCCUCGAGGCCUAACUGAAAAGAAACCGAACCGAUUUCGGCCAACCGACUCGAUGUUCGUGCUACUCGCCGUGAGAGCGAAUCGCUUCACGUCCACCGAGACGGACGAUUUCCCCUGGAAACAGCCUGGUUGUUUAAUUUUCAACGAGCCGUCGAGAGCAACAGUAGCUCUAGCAAGAGAGGGAAGAGAAGGAAGUGGAUAGCGGGCUCGGAAGCUGUUACACAAAGGGUGGACGAAUCGUUCCACGCGUCUCGCGGCGCUAGCCAGAGAUCGACACUCGAAAAUGGAAAACGAUCCAACAGUCACCAUCGCAUAGUCACUAUUGUCAUCCAACACAAUUCAUGGUAGGGUAUAAUAGUAUUUUUAGGGAUUUUAUACAGACACGCGACCGUGCUCUCAUGUUUUACCCACGAUUUAACGUUUGUCGAUCAUUGACGUUUCUUCUUGUACGUAAAAAAAAUAAAAAAAAAAAAUAAAAAAAAAUAAAAAAAAAUAAAAAACGAACACGGUGUGUGUUUUAGAUGUAUCGAUAAAUUACAUUACACGUUGCAGUGGCGAGUGAAAGGCGUACGCUUGAACGAAUGGUAAUAUGUUUCGCGUGGAAAAUUGUUAUUUGUGGCAAUGAGCGGGCCGAUCGAACAGAAGACCGUGAAUUCUCGUCAGCGAGCGGGUGUCACUUCUUCUUUUUUUUUUUUUUCUUUCUGGAAUUCUGUACCUCGUUGUGUAUACAUCUCUAUUUGUAUAAUUGUGAAUAUUAACAUAUUAUGAUAAUGUGAUUUAUUACGUGUGAUCAUGCGCGCAAAAAAGACGUGGAGAAACUUUAAGCGAGUAUUUUGUAUUACGACUAAAGCGAACUAAAGAUACAAAAGAGAAAAGAGAGAGAGAGAGAGAGAGAGAGAGAGAGAGAGAGAAAAUGCGAAACUGACGCGUGCGGUAGGAAGGGUCGAGAGAACGAGAGUCGAGAGAGAGUGAGUGAGAGAGAAAGAGAGAGGGCAAGUAAAUCGAAGAAAGAUAGAGGGAACGAGAUUAAGCGAGUGAAGAAUCUUGUAAUCGCAGCUUUUUCGCCGUUGGGGAAAAUAUAAUUAUAAUAAACGAAGAAUGCGCUUGCGCAGCCGUCGCUCCUUUCUCUCAGCGUUAUUUCUUCCUCUUCGUCUUCUUCUUUGACUUCUUCUUUUUCUUCUUCGUCUAACGCCGUAUUAUCUGCUGCUUCUUCGUUUUCUCAUCGAGAUGACAGGUAAUCUCGGAAACACGAAAUUAAUAUACAUCGCGAACACAGGAGGGGAAAGACAGAGGAAAGAAGGAAACAUUUAGCUUUCAGUACGUUGCAACGAGAUAUGCCAAUAAUAUUCGAUAUUAUUCGGUUGCGAGACGAUAAACAGAUAGUCGUAUGGACUCGAGCUUGCCUCGUUCCGGAGGUUAUCGAUCACCUCGUUGAGGAAAUAUCCCUCGAAACCGAUCUUCUUGGGUCUCUUCGGCAAAGGUUGAUGCGGGGAUUGUGUCAAGCCACCCCCGACCCCCGUGAAAACGUUCGGCUCUUUUAUCUAUUGCACGGGCUCGCGUAUAAACAACGACACGCAGCGAGUGUGCCGUGAUACGAGAGCAAGAGCUCGACGGGCACAGGAGGAGUGGGGAGGAGCGUGUACGGUGCGCGUGUUUCGACGGAAGCGCGAUUAAGCGCGCUACACGAUUUUUAAAUUUCGACGAGUGGUCGGCCCGGAAGGAGUCUCGUAGUUCGAACGUGAGUCUCGACGUGAGUUUCGUGGAUUAAGCGCCGAGCGAGCUGCAUUGUAUACGAUUAUUAGGAACCUGUCCUUCGACGACUCGUUAAAAGAAAUAAAGUUAAAGAAUAGAUAAUAGAUAGAAAGUGAAAGAGACAAGCGGGAGCGGGAGAAACGCAGAGAAAAACAGAAAAAGCCAAAAAAAAAAAGGAAAGAAUGGAAAAUUUAGACAAACA